ACCGACUCUUUCGGUGGUGAACCCAUUGGAAGCAGCAGAUCGUUCGUUAUUCUUUCCUCAGCCUCUCCUGCAGAGUAGUUCCCCCUUCCAUUUCGACCACGGGAGCAGAGUGACGCAAAGGGGGCCCACUCAGGAUCCGGGGUCUCAGGUACCAGCGCGCAGCUGGGACGGGUGGUCAGAUUGCGGGGUAGUGGGUACAUAGAGUACCAAUCGCCGCUAGCUCGCUACCUGUUCAGAGUCACCCAGCCGCAGCAGCUACGCAAGUACCGGUGCAGCAUGCGACCGGUACCCGCAAACCCCUGCUCCGACAAGCCAUCGAGCCACUUCGACGCCGCAACUCGGAGUAAACUGCCCAUCGUCAGGGUCCCAUGCCGGCUUCCUGCUCCUAUCGUUACUACCGCCCACCCGUUUGAAUAUCGACACCUCCGGUCUUUCCUUGACCGUUGACAUCAGCCCAAGGACACCUGCCGCCGAAUACCAAAAAGCGUGUCCCUUGUGCUGCGGAUUUCCGACGUCGGAUGGCCCAAAGAACCCGCCGGGCGUGGCUGGGGCUGUUCUUCCCUCGCUUCAUUUUAGGGCCUUGUGGCAGCUCGACCGUUUUGGCCCGAGCAUGGCUCCUUGCAACGACUCCAUCGUGACAGUCUGCAGCGACGUGGCACAUGACCAUACUCACGCUCGGCGACUGCCGCUUCUUGCACUCUCUUCCAGUUGCGUUUGUCAUAAGUUACACAAGUGACAUCUGCCUACCUACAGAGACCAUACGAAGCUCCACGACAAUAAUCUCAGCUUCAACGAUGGCGAAUGGAGUCUUUGAUGGGUCUUCUCCAUCGUCAGCUGGCCAGUGCCUGCCCCGAUUCCGGAUCUUCCUCCCAACCCAUUUCUUCCUCAACAAGUCUGGAAUGCUGAUGCAUAUUGCUGGACGUGACCCGUAUGACUGGAGUUCCGCGUUUUAAUCUCGGUCCCCAAAACCCCUGAACCCGCCAAGCUCGUCAGGUCGCCGAGCCACAUCCAAUUGACCAAUGGGGCCCACUCGGUCCAGUCGGAGAGCUUUCUGGAGCUCCCUAGAAGCGAACAUCUGCCCGCCAUGUCACCAUUCCAUUGAUGUCGCAAUGCUUUCGGACUGCACCUCUCAUUUGGGUCAUCAUCAGCACACCAAACUUCUGUCAUAGGAGACUCGUCACCUACCCGCUUUUUCUGCCGCUGUUUCGAUACGACGCAAAGACUGAACGUCCCGAGAACGACAGCAGAAUAGACCCCCUUGACUCGCGCAAUUCGGUUCUCCGCCGUCUGUGCUCUUUGCCCCUCUGAUCUACUAACAGGCCAACCGUCAUGACAGCGCGCUUGACGUGGUUCCCAUUUUACCUGCCGCAUUCCUCUCAAUGCUGCCGUCUCAUUCGUCGGCUAACGGCCGUUCCCCCCGAUCAGCUCAAACGGCCUCCGGCUCCGUACCCAGGCUCGACCAUCGGACCUCUUGACUCUGUCUAGUCCGAUCAGCUAACUUGUUCAAGUGCUCUUGGGUCUGAGGACCCCUAUAAUGCACGUGUGCAGUCACCAUUUGUGGAUGUCAAGUCACGUCAGUGACGGAGGAGCGGGUGUUUUCAAGGUUUUUGCUAUUGCAAGAGUCAUGAGAGUCAAAUAGGUGGACAGGCAGAUAGGUAGUAGGCAAGCCAGAGAGAAUUGUCCAUCUUGUGAACCGCCUCUGAGGCGGGGUCCGCGAUAUUGACGAGGCAUGCUGCUGGUAACUGGCGGGGUCUCGGCUUCCCCACAGGUCCCGUGAUCAUCAUGCCAACCGAUUCCUUUUGCACCCUCUUCCGCACAUCGGCAGGUCCCGACCCGUCAGUGCUGGUGGUCUAUCGAGUGAGUCAAGCUUCCAGGUUGUAUCACGACGAUUCGCCACGCUUUGUUGGGCAGUCCGGAAACGGUAAGUAGCAUCAAGUAGAUACGUCGUGCCACUGAGUCAUCGAACCUUCGCCCAAUUUCCACAACACACGACUCUCAAGUUGACUCGAGCUUCUCGAAGGGCAUGGCGAGAGCUCAAGAUCAGAUCGCGCGAUUUUCACCCUUCAUUUGACGACACAAGAAGCACGACGUGGAUCUUCGUUGAGACGAUGCCGUCUCGAAGGUUCUAGACCAGCUUACCACCGACCACUGUUGCUGUCGGAGACGUCGAAUAAGACUCUAGUCGCCUCGGUACUAUCAACAGCUAUCUCCGAUUCAGCCUAUCUAUGUUGAGGACACGUUGCAAAUGCCAGCCCUCGACUUGCAUUGUGCCUCAAGUGCCGCCGCUCAGUUAUUCAGAUGUCGCCAUGCUCGAGAACCGCCCUUGCAAGCAGCCUGGAAUCUCCCAGAUGAAGAAACGCAAUGCUCCGUUGUCAAGUCUCUUCCAAAGAAUUCGCAAGGUAGCAUGGUGUCUCCAGCUUGAUAAGAAAGUCACUUGCCAAUAUUCUGUGUCAGUAAUAAUAAGUGUCCGAAGAAAAGAACACUGCUCUGUGAUCGUCCACAGUGAGGCAAGCUUAGAGUAACAUGUUCAAGAACUUUCGACUCUAUAUCACCACAAAGAGAGACAAAUGGCCUCGAUGCCACGCGCUUGUGAUCAUCGAAAAUGCAGCUCUAGGUCUUUUUCUGCCUCGUUAGGGUUCGACAACGAAUCCAAUGGACCGGGAGAUGACAAAUGCCUCAGUACGAGAGAUGGGUUUACUUUUUCUCCCGACACGCCCAACUGGCACGAUAUAAACAUGUGUCGUGAUGUCUUAGGUUAGAAAUAUGAGUGUGUCUAUCGCGACUAUUCAAGUUAUGGGAACUGGUUAGGUGUAUGUAACCCAGUUUUAGAUCAGCCAGUGGACUGAAGCCUGUUAGAUUCAUAUGACUCGAAACACGACACGCAGUCAGGAGAUAGGUAGACAAUGGCAAACACGCUGAGAGGCGAGUGAUCAGGAGCAACCGAGUCUGCAUCGACUAUGAAAAUAUGAC